AUGGUCAUGAGUCAGUCCACUGACACAGGAAAGAUAUUGGAGCUGAUUAAGAGCAAGCCGGGCACGAAGCUGGUGACCCACGAGGAGGCAGCCAAUUCGCCCAUCGUCCUCAUCGCCAUCGGCUUCGACCACUACAACAAGCUGCCUCUCACCCUCCUCGAGAACAAGGUGGUCAUCGACGUCGCCAACUCCACUGCGCCGCCGCCGCCCAGCCAGCUGAGCAACGCCGAGAUCCUCCAGAAGAUGAUCCCAAAGGCUUAUGUGGUCAAAGCCUUCAACGUUCUCUCCGCUUACACCUUGGAGUUUGACAAGCAGUCGUCAGGAAAACAGAUCCCUGUCGCGUCCGACCACCCCGAAGCCAAGCGCGAGGUCCUGGAGCUGGUGAAGGAGAUGGGCUACCCGGCGGCCGACUACGGGCCCCUCAAGAUGGCCCGCCAGAUCGAGGCCAUCCCCCUCCAGCUGAUGCCCAACUGGAGGGUCCCUAUGCUAGCCGUCUGCUGCCUGUGGCUGUUUCACUACGUCAUUCUCUUCGUCAAAUUCCAGGUUUGCGGGACUCUCAAAUACGGCGAGCAAUGGGCCUAUAGGACGCUGAAACAUCUUGCUCUCCUUAAUCUCAACCGCGCAACAGCCAUCACUGCCCUGUGGACACUGACGGCUUGCUACACGCCAGGUCUUAUAGCAGCUUACACACAGCUCGCGUGGGGUACAAAGUACAGGAGAUUCCCUCUCUGGCUGGACGCGUGGCUCAAGAUGAGAAAGCAGUUCGGUCUGAUCAUGUUCCUCCUCGGUAGUAUCCAUGGCGUGAAUACACCUAAAGUUAUAGAGAAUGAACUGGAUUUUCAAAAAGAGUUCUUUUAUAGGUUCUAUGAGAGGCAGAACUGCUUAUAUAUUGUACGGGUUAGGAUUGCAUAA